AUGUGUUGUCAGUGUGACAUUGGAGGAUCAGUGGGUCAGUCCUGCGGGGAGAGGAACGGGAGGUGUCGCUGCAGACCCAACGUGGAGGGACCCAAGUGUAACAGGCCUCGUCCGGACCACUACUUUCCAGACCUCCACCACCUGAAGUUUGAGAUAGAGGAGGGUACCAUGCUGGACGGGCGGCCGGUGCGUUUCGGCUAUAACCCCGUGGAAUUUGAACGGUUCAGCUGGAGAGGGUACGCUCAGAUGUCCCCAAUACAGAACACGGUCAAACUGUCGGUGCACGUGAGUGAGGUGGAUGUCUACCUCACGAGGUUCAUCCUCAGAUAUGUAAACGCUGAGGCUGCCGUCUCCAACGGCAAAAUAACAGCCUAUCAGAAGAGCCGGAAAGGUACGUCUCACAGACCAGCUGAUCAGAAAUGACCAGA